CAACCCCCACGGAAUGGCUUUGUUGACACAGACACAUUCCCGCCACCUUGCAUACGUACGAGAAGCCGUAGUACUUCGACGACAAGUCUGUGGAAACACCGCCCUUGUAACUAUCGUGCACGCAGAGCUACUUCCGGGAUUUAUAGACCCCCUCAACUGAACGAAGAGUCCGCGCGAGCGAAACGAUUUCGAGGGACCGCUUUUGGAUAGAACAUCUCUCGAUUGUAGCGGGGAAGCGGAGAGGAGUUACGGAACUACCGGACGUACUUGGAGAUUGUUAGUAGGAACGCUUUCGACCUGGGGAUUCCCUUACGUGACAAAUCAGCAUAGGAGCAGAUGGCGGAGAAUGGCAAGGCGGCUGGGUCGCCACCUGGCGGAGUAGGUGUAGGGACUGGACGAGGAGGAGGGGCCGAAGCAGUGGCGCGGCCGGCGGCAGGGUCUGAAGCCGGGUCAGGACCGGCAGUGAAGCCAGCACCGCCUGCUCAAGCAGGGCAGGCUUCACCACCAGGAGGAGGAGGAGCACGAGCCGGAGUCCAGAUCCAAGCGGCAGCAGCAGCAGCCGCCGCAUCAGCAGCAAACAAAGCCGUAACAGCGCUCGCAAACGGCAGCAUCGGCAGCGGGGCCCGGCCACCACCCAACCAAGCGCACCUCCACGGCGACGGCCGCAUGCACAAAACGUACACCCCAGACGAACAAGCCGCCAUCGCCGCCGAGCUCAAAUUCCAGGCCGAGCACGCCGGCCACGAGUCCCAGCAUGCCACCAUGGGCAUGAUCCUCCUCGCCACCCUCGUCGGCUCGCAGAUCCUUUUCGCCCUCUGGCGCAAACACCACCUCCGCUCCUUCCAGGCCGCCACCCUCCUCGGCCUGUGGCUUGUUCCUGCCGGAAUGUCCCUGCAGGGCGGAUACACCCGCUUCCUCGUGAUAUGGGGGAUAUUCUCCGUCAUCAACUCGCUGAUUGUCUGGCGCGCCCAUGAGACCCCGUUACGCUCCACGACCCCAAGAUGGGUGUAUAAAUGGUACACCCUCAUGUACAACAUCUGGUACGCGGUCGGGAUGCUCGGGUACAUCCUCGUCCUCCUCUCCUUCUUCCACGUUCCCCUAAUCCUCCACCUCGUCCAACAAAUCGACCAAGAAGUCCGCGUCUUCGAAUUCGGAAUCAUCACCCUCUUCUACGGCCUCUACUUCGGCACCCUCUCCCGCGAUUUCGUCGCCCGCCUUGCCGACCGCAUGGCCCUCACCGUCGGAUACUACUCGCGCACCGGUCUCCCCGCAAAACACCUGCGCUCAAACAUGUGCGCCAUCUGCGGGGCUUCCACCACGUUCCCCUCGGACCCAACCACCACCCCGCCGUCGGUCCACACGUUGAACUGCGGACAUAAGUACCAUGAGAGCUGUAUAAGAGGCUGGACGAUCAUCGGCAAGAAGGAUGUAUGUCCGUACUGCAAGGAGAAAGUGGAUCUCAAAGACUUUAGACGUAAUCCGUGGGAUACCACCCAGCAGGUGUAUCUGAACCUGUUGGAUGCGUUGCGGUACUUGUUGGUGUGGAACCCGAUUGUGUUUCUGGUGAUUAAUGUGGUGUUUAGGUUGUUUGAUUUGAAGUAGGCCCUGUGAGGUGGAACGGGGGCCAGCAUCGAAGCUGUCGGCGCCGUCUUUUUUUUGCGGUGUACUUGUAUUUAUGCAUAUUUCAAACCGAGUAUAUAUCA